GCACGCGGGAGGGGGCGGAGCCUCUCGCGCGCCGUGCCCGUUGCUAGCCUUCCUUAUGAGCGCGCGGCGCGGCCGUUGAGGAGGCAGACCUGGUCCUGUCAGCGGCUCCUGGAGGACCGAGAGAGGCCGGCCGGGCUAUGACCUGCCUCCCGGGCUACCCUUGCGCCGCCGUCCGCGCUUUGCUCAAGACUUCGCGGCGGCACCACCAUCAUCACCACCACCACCACCAACAGCAACAUUCUCCGCCGCCUCCUCUGUCUCCGCCCUUCCUUCAGCGGCGCUUCCUCCGCUUGGGCAAGGUGUCCGCCGCGCUGGCGGGGCGAGAGCCUCCCCCUUCCACGCAGAGGGCCGUGGAGGGCGGGUUCCGCCCGGCCCGGGUGGCCGUGGUUGCCAAGACCACGCGCUACGAGUUCGAGCAGCAGCGGUACCGUUACGCCGGCCUCUCCGAAGAGGACCUCAAGCAGCUGCUUGCGUUAAAGGGCUCUAAUUAUAGUGGACUACUAGAACGGCAUCGGAUUCAUACAAAAAAUGUGGAGCAUGUUGUAGAUAGUUUAAGGAAUGAAAAGAUUGAGGUCCGACUUGUGAAACGCAAAGAAUAUGAUGAAGAGACUGUUCGGUGGGCAGAUACUAUUGUAGCAGCAGGAGGUGAUGGCACAAUGCUUCUGGCAGCCAGUAAGGUGUUUGACCAAUCAAAACCUGUUAUUGGAAUAAACACAGACCCUGAAAGAUCUGAAGGUCACCUGUGUUUACCUGUACGAUAUACACACUCAUUUCCACAUGCUCUACAAAAGCUCUAUCGUGGUGAAUUCAGAUGGCAGUGGAGGCAGCGAAUUCGUCUGUACCUUGAAGGAACUGGUAUUAACCCUGCCCCUGUUGACUUGCAUGAACAGCAGUUGAGUCAAGAACAGCAUAGCAGAGCCCAUGUUAAUGGAAGAUUCCAAGAUCAAAGGUCUCAGAUUUCUGAGCCACACCUCUUGCCUGUGAGAUCAUUAAAUGAAGUCUUCAUUGGAGAAUCUCUCUCAUCCAGGGUGAACUAUAAGUCCUGCAAACCCAGUUUUAAAUUCUCCCUUCGUAGGGCUUCUUACUAUGAAAUAUCUGUUGAUGAUGGUCCAUGGGAGAAACAAAAAAGCUCAGGUCUCAAUAUAUGCACUGGAACAGGAUCAAAAGCAUGGUCUUUUAAUAUCAACAAAGUAGCAAAUCAGGCUGUGGAAGAAAUCCUUAAGAUUGCCAAAGGUUAUGACAGCUUAAAUCUUCCACUGAGCAAGGAAUUAAUCCAAAAAGUAACAGAUGGAUAUAAUGAAUCUCUGCUGUAUAGUCCAGAGGAACCGAAGAUGCUUUUCAGUGUACGAGAACCUAUUUCAAACCGUGUUUUUUCAAGUAGCCGGCAGCGAGGUUUUGCUUCAAAAGUUUGCAUCCGCUCUCGAUGUUGGGAUGCCUGUAUGGUGGUAGAUGGAGGAACUUCAUUUGAAUUUAAUGAUGGAGCAAUAGCAUCAAUAUUGAUCAAUACAGAAGACGCAUUGCGUACUGUUUUGUUAGAAGAAUGAAGGAACUUUUGGAAACACUCAAAACUCAAAUCACAAAGAAGGGAUAUGCUACACCAUUUCAGAUGAACACUUCAAGCAUUUGGAAAACAACUAUUGAAAUGGGUUUUCAUUUCUUUUGGCUGAGAAUUUCUUGGUAAAUCAGUAUUUGUCCUUUACUUUCAUAACAAAAGAUAGGUUGGAGGUUUACAUCUAAUGCCAACAAGCUCAUGACUGUAAAAUCUUAAAGUAGUAGGUUGCUUCUAAAACUAAAGCAGGGAGUAUGGAUAUUAAACUCUGCAGUUCUAUGAAUCUGUCUAAUACAGUGGUUCUCAGCCUGUGGGUCCCCAGGUGUUUUGGCCUACAACUCCCAGAAAUCCCAACCAGUUUACCAGUUGUUAGGAUUUCUGGGAGUUGAAGGCCAAAACGUCUGGGGACUCACAGGCUGAGAACCACUGGUCUAAUGCCAAGUGAACAAAACACUCUGAGUUUGUUGCAACAUAUUUACAUCAGAUUCUAAAAGCAAAGGUCAAAAGGUAAUUAUUAUUUUUUUAAGUUAGGUCGGUGUUUAAGUUACUGCGUAAGAAUUUGAGGUAUUCCUUUUGUAGACAUGAAGAAUUUUGCUUCUGUCAUAUUUGAAAUGGAUGUCAUUACCCUAGUUUUCUAGCCUUGUUUUCAUAGAUCAUCAGGAUUAUCUAGUGUCUAAACCCCCUUUCAGUUUGAGUAAUGCACUGCCUGUUUCUUUGGCAACUUAAUUAAGGGUAUCUCUCAUUCUUCUUUACCUUCUUACAGUGUGGGUUCAUAUAUAUAUAUAUAUUGGACUAAACUGGCUUCUGAAAAAGAUUUUUCAGUAAAUUCCCUGUUUUUUUCUUAGAAAAUUUGUAUAGUAAAUAUGUUAUGCAAGAUGUUUCAUACUUAAUCAUUAAGUAUUCCAAGUUUUUAAUUAGGCCUCAACCCAGAUCAGAAUGAGAAGGCCCUUCUCCCUACUGUGCUGAAGGCCUGCAAUCAGGAUACAAGCUGGUGCUGUUGGUUUACCCCUCCAAAGCAUGCAGUUGAGUGUUAGGCCAAAUUACAUUGCCAUAUAAGUUUGGCAAUUGCAUCCCUCACCCUAAACGGGGAAAAAUUGUGAGUUUGAUUGUAAUUGGAGAAAGUGCACAAUGCUAUUCCUUUUAAAGUUUCACGUGCGACUGACAGCUUGCGUUGUUUUAAAGGUACCUAAAAAGCAAAUCUAUACUUUCAAAGAAGGGAAAUAGUCAAACAUCUUAAAAUGCACUCAUUUGUCAAUGAAACCUGUUUAGAAUGUCUUUUUUAAUGAGCAGAGAUGAACAAACACCACAUGGAUAUGGUAGGAAUCAGAAUUCACAAUUGGAUAGAACAAACCAUAGAAUUAUAACAUGGCAACUAUUGUUUAUUUAAUUUAAACUAUCAUUUCUUUAUUUAAAUCAGCUAUAUAGCUAUUUUAGCAAAUAUGGUACUCACUAAAGUAUUAGCUGACACUAUUUAAGCACAGGUACAAUGCAAACUGUGAGAGUAAUGUCAAAUGGAUUCACUGUUCAUGUUUAAAAUAGGGAUAACAAAUCUCUGCGUAAGUCAAGAAAACGUUAUUGUUUCCCCUUAAUUAACAUUAAGUAUGCAUAUAUUUUCAACACUAAACAAUUCAGAAAUUUUGGAAAAGGUUGCGCUUUACAAUUAGGAUAGGGCUUUUGGUAGCCUGGACAAUUGUGAUAUUAAUCUUUAGCCCUUAAACUGUACUGUGAAGAACCUGACUCAUUGUGUAAUACACCCACUAAAUUUUGUGCUGCAAAAUGAUAAUCUGCUGCUAACCAUAGGUAUUUGGCUGCAUGGUGGGUAUACAUAUGUGGGGCUUACUUGCUCAUAAUGUUGAGAGCAAGGAAGAAAAAUGCAGACCAUAAGUGGAUCCUGUAAUCAUUAGUUCAAAAUGAUGAAAGCUGUGAAAUCAAUCUGAUGGGAUUGCAAGUUUUUUUUCAGUUUAAUAUAAAGUUUAGAUUGCUAAUCGAGGAGCAUGAACAUUUGCACAUGUUUGAGAAACUUCCACAAUCCCCUCUCCUGCAUAUACACACUUCAUGUGGACACAAGGGUAAAAUGCAGUGCCCCAAUUGGACCGUAUCCACAAUAAAAGUGAAUCAUGAAAAAGGAUACUCAGUGUGUAUUUUACUGUGCCAAAACAAUGAAGGAUUUAAUGUUGUAUGUAAAGAUCCGUACAAUUGCCUACCUUAAGUCAAGAACAAAGAAUUUCAUGAAGUCACUAGGGGAAGAGCAAAGCCUUAAACGUCCAAAUGAUAAAAGUUCUUUGAAGUGACCUGUGAAAUACAAAUGUGCAGAGCCCAAGAUUUCUUAAUCCAUGCACUUUCAGUCAUUAUGAGCCCUAUUUUAUGUCUCAGGGAAGUUCUUUUCCUAUGCAUUAGGAACUGGAGAGUGGCAUGGCGUAAGAAAACCACAAUAGCAGUUGUAAUUUGUGCUGGCUCUUGCUUCAGUAAGGUUGUACCAGAUUGGAAUUGGUACUAGCUGUAUUUGAAUUUAAUUCAGUUGAUUUUAAAACAAAGCAGAAGAGGAGUGCAUUCUAAAUUGACUGAAUUUCUUAAUUUCUCAUUUGUUCUCUCCCACCCCAACUUGUUUAUUCAUAGUGACUGUAGUUUAGGAAAAUAGUACUGGGGGGCAAGUUAAAUGUUCCCCAGUUGGGUUGCAUUUAGUGUAUUUAAAAUCAAUGCUUCAAAAAAAGUUGAUCACUUGUAAAUUUCUUAGUCUAAUAUUGAUUCUCACCUGAAUAAAAUCGUUUGUUAAAACAAGACAAUCUCUAUAAAAUGUAUUUUUUGUAAAUAAUAAUAUAAAUUGCUUUGCGCUGAAGUCAACAAGGUAAUUUAUAUGAUAGACUAGAAUAUGUGGAAUUUGUGCAAAUGCCAAAAUCUAAUAAAACUAUCCUCUCAGUGUUGUCUAAUUCCAGCAUGUCAUGUAUUUUUAAUCAAUUUUAUUGAAAAAUAGCAUUGGGAUUGGUUAUACUAAGAAAUAAUGUAUGUGGUUGGUAACUAAAUGUAAUGUGAAUUAGUGUUUUGGAAGUAUUGUAUGUUUUGUUGUUGUUGUUGUUUUGAGGAUUUAUUCAUAUGCAAACAACUAGUAUUUAGCCAAACAGAAAAUGCUUUUUAGAAUCUUAUACAAAUUUUGCCUUUUUAAAUUCAUGUCUUAAACCAAAACGUGCUUACCCAUAAGCUCUUUAAGGUAACUAUGUCCUUCAUGACUCCUUCAGAUAGCCAUGGCCAAAACCCAAUUGUUAGCAUCAAAAUGGGGCAAGGCUUGCUAAAUUGUUAAAUCAAUACUUAUGUAAGUCCUAUUAAUUCAAUAUAUUUUCAACUGGAAAUACCUGUUGGGUUUAGGUUAAUGUCUCCCAUAAGAAAAUGCUUUUUCUACUUAAAUAUAUAUAGUCCACUACUAUGAUAGAAACAGGAAAAGUGCUAUGUAUAUAAUCAGUCAUUUUAUUAAAAAUUAAAAUAGUCAAACUGUAAAAAUACCUAUGACAAAAUAAAACCUUUGUUCUUUUUUUAA